AUGCGGAUCGAAAUGGAAAAGGAAAAACUCAAGAAGCUGGAGGAGGCUCGGCAGCGCAAGAAGCUAGAGAUGGAACAGGCCAAACAUCGUCAGCAACAGGAAGUGGCCGAGAACCGGAAACGGCGCUCUCAGCUCAAGGACAGCAUGCUCUUCUUCGAUGCCGUUCGCACGGCCAUUGAAGCCAUCAAAGAUGGCGAACGUCAUGAGCGUGAUUGGGAGAAAUUCAUGCGUUGCAAUGGCCUACCAAAUGCCGCAAGUCCGAGUGAUUUGCGAAAGUAUAUCCAUCAGUGGCACACGGAUAUAGCCAAGCGUCAUUUAGAGUCCCGAAACUGGUUACUCCGCACCGAUGAACGCACUCUGCUCACCCAGGAUGCCCAGGUUCCAGAUCUUACGAGGAUCUCACUGCGCCAGCAGCAAGGACGUCUUGGUGAUGUCUACUCGCAGAGGAUCAAGGAAGUGCUAGGGAUUCUCAAUGAAUUGGAUGAGAUGUUGCCCUUCAAGCAACGUUCCAUUCAUGUGGCUGCUGAUCUCAGGAAACUCAAAACGGAAAUGAGGGUUUUCCUGAGACAACAUUUAGAUGAGUUUACCUACAAAACCAUGUCGCACAUCGAAAGGGAUAUGGAAAUCGAUAGGCCUGGGGUUUCCAAGCACAUUUACAGUUCGGAUGUGUUUCAAAGCUUUGUGUGGACCUUCUCCAAGGAUGCUCAAAUUGCUGUUAAUCCCAAGGCCCGCAUAGGCGAGCAAUCGGCUCACAAUGAGAUUGAUUUUCCCACCAUUGAAAUGCAAAUAUCCUUGCCACCCACAGUUCACCUACAGAGUUCGGCCUUGAGGGGUCUCUGGUUGAAUUAUGAUCACUUUAGUGAUUACUGUAGUAGCUACUGCCUAAAGCAUGCUCGCUCUGCCAAUGCCAAUAUCCUUCGUCAAACAAAACGUGAGUGGCGCAAACGAAAAGAGAUCCUGCAAGCCAUGCUGGACGAGUGUGGUAGGGAUAUACCGCUCUCGGAGUUGGAGCAACUUACCCAGGAUCAGCACUCGGCCAGCUCCCAGCCGCCACGUGAACGCACCUAUGAUGUGGAUAAACUCUAUGCCGAGUACGAGGAUGAGUUAAGUAAAGCCCAUCGCAGGGCCAUUGGACCGGAGGCUUAUGGUAUGCUGGAGACGGAUGUCAAUCUGAGAAAGUAUCGCAUCAUUGGAGGUGUCUAUUGCAUUGAUUUCCUGGAGACACCUCAACAGGAUAAGCAGCUAAAUGCAAGAUCCUUUAUACGAACCAUAACCUCGGCCAAUAGUUUGGUGCACAAGGAAUACUAUCAAACCUACAAGCCACCGCCUCCAGUGUUGCCAGGAGUGCGACGUCUUCCCGAGGAGAUUGAAGCUGAAAUGCGAAUGAUUGAAGCGGCUCUGGACAAGCUAGCUUUGGUCACUUUACAACUACCAGAUUCUGUAAUUUGGUUUGAGCCACCAGUGGCCUGUCGCUGGGAAACCCAUGUGGAGACCCUGGAAAUGGAGCUAGCCGAUGGAGUGAAACCAGAACUAAAGCAUCCAACUAACGAAGGGGAUGCAGAGGGAGAUGCCACGGGCGCUGUGAGUGGCACAGCAGCGGGUACAACAGCCACGCCCACAGAGGCCACACCUCUCUCCACCCAUGCCCAGCCCAGUCCCCUGAAGAGUUCACCCCGCUGUCCGGCCAGGAGAAUGCGAUCCCAGAAGUCGGACGGCAUGCCGGGAGAUGCCUCGCGGCAACAGGUGCUCCGUGAAAUUAAUGAUUUUGAUUUGCGUGCCAUACCCAGCGAUGUGGAUUUAUAUGGUUUGGUCAAGGAUUUUGUGGUGCCGCGUCUGCCUCAGGGAUUCUGUGUCCGUCUAGAGCAGACCACACCGGUUUCCGAAAGCACGGGAUUGCGACAGCGAAAGGUAAUGUUUUUAGCCCGGCAAACGCACAUUCGACUGGGUCAGGGACCGGAUAGCCCCAAGGAGGAUCAACUGUUGCUGGUGACGCCAAGCGAACUGAAUUUGAGUUCCAAAACGGGACUGGGAGCUGAGUUCCUGGACACCGAGGAACCGGCAGAGAUGUUUCCACCUCUAUGCUUUGACAAGCUCCUCAAGUUCCGGCAAAUGGCGCCACGAACUGCGCCACCAGCUCAUCACCAGGGAUACCUUUUCUCACAGCUCAUCGAGGAUAUGGAUAGAUUGUGGCUUCUACAGUUGCCUAGGGAUCAGCAGGAGGAGCUUAUCCAGCAGAUAUCAGAGCAGCUCUCACCCACUGGCUCACGAUCAAGUGAGGCGGCAGGUGGUGAAAAAGAUCCAGCCGGACUUGGUGAUGGCAAUCUUUCCGAGGACAUACAGCCACUCAGCCAGGAGCUAGUGGAUGUCCUUCAGCCAGCCACGGCAGCUGCUGCCUUUGCUUAUUACACGGGAAUCUCUUUUGUGAAGGACUCUCAGCUUCCACAGGAAACGGAUGCAGACCAGGCCACAAACAAGCGCUCCAAUAGCAUGGAUAGCAGCGAGGAUGAUGACGACGAUGUGGACAGCCUCGUGGAGCUGCUUGAAGGAGGUGGAGGAGGUGCCUCCACAACGGCCAAUACCCUGCACGAUUUACUUGGUCCCUCGAGUCACAGCGACACCACUGACAGCGAAAGCCGUAAGAAACUUAGCAACACGGCAGCCAUAACCCAGGGCAAGUGGAGUACCCGCGAUGUUCAUGAUACCAAGUUUAACGAGGACAAGCUCUCCAUACAAUUUCGAACCGGAAGAUUGGGAAUUUUUGGCUUUGCCUUGAACAAAUACAGCAAUAUGCCAUACCAGACUUGGGACCUAAGACCAGAUAUGAAGAAUCCUGGAACCAUCUUGUUUAGCUUCACAGCCUCACUGAUAAGCUUGGACAUGACCAUAACGGAAUCGGGUUAUACAGUUAAUAAUUUUCAAGGUGGCAGCACCCAAAUCAUUACCGAUAUGAUUGGUAAAACGCUAUCACUGGCAGAGCUCAAGGCCACUCUUAUCCUGUCCGCUGUUGAUAUCUUUCCGGAUGAGGAUGCCUUUUGCUAUACGGAGGGUUCCUGUGAGAAGAACUAUGUCAUGGAGAUGCAUUGCUAUGCCUGCCUUUCGACCCUGGCUCAAUCGCAUAACUUUAGUUGGUCGAGAUGGAACCUUUUGGCAGGCUCUCGCACGGCUGUCCUUUUAAUCCGUGAACUAAUCGAGGGUAAAAAGGUUCCGUAUUACUCUACACUAUUGGUUACACCACUCAAGACAUCGAUUAUCGAUUGCACUGAGGUAUCGGCAAGUUUCAAUGCGGUGGGUAUUCCAGGAAUGGAAUAUUAUGCCGAUCUCUAUCAGUUAUCGCAGGCUCAUGCACAACCAGUGAGUCUGGAGAAGCAGAGGACCAUGAAUCCGGUGUUGAGGGAUAAUGUGGCCAGGAUAUUGAUGGGCAUAAGACCCCUGAGUUUGUGUUGA